AUGUCCCUGCUUCCAACCCAGAUCGCCAACUUCCUCAACACCGCCUACGAGUAUUUUUCUCCACCCAACUCGCCAGUGCACCGGACACAACCGAUCCCUAUAUCUCGCGAACCGUCAAAGCUAUCAUCUCCGUUAAACGAACGAUUGGAUGCAGCUUGCCAAUCGCCCACCACCAGCCUCGCUAAUCUCUCCCCAAACUCUAUGCGUCGCGAGCUCGACAUCACGAAACAUGACCUGGCUCGUGCCCACGUUGACACAACCCGUCUCGAAGAGAGGUGCAAGAUGCUAGAGCGAACCCUGAAGGAGACCCGCGAGCUCCUUCGCACAAGGGAGGCAGAGCUGGAGAAAUUACGCCGUGAGAGGGAGAAGGAACGGGCACUUGCAGAACGUCGCCGGAGCGAUACCCAAUACCACCUGCAGCAUCGCUCCAGCGCCAACAACCUCGCCACUUACCAGCGCAAUGGCAAUUCCCUUGACACCAGAAUGGGGGCCGCUGACAUUGCCCGUCGGAUGCACCUUCACGACGAUGGACAUGGUGCCUCGAGGAUGCGCACACCCUCCCCCUCCCACACCUUCUCUCCCUCCACAUCUCCACUGAAUGGCAACAGCCGCGCACGUUCGCCCUCCCGGUCCUCCACCACGUCGACGUCCAUGAGUAGCAGUGCAGGGACAAGCAUGAGUAACGGCAUCGGCAUCGGCGGACCACCCCCUCCAAAUAGCAACAACAUCGAGGAAGAACGAGCCCGGCUACGCGGCGCCGAGACAUACAUGUCGCGAAUCGACACAUGGUCGGGGGCCCAAGUCCUCCAGGCCGUGCACGAUAUCAACUCAGAAAUCCUCCAGUUCGCAGCCUCCGCCACGGAAAUGUGCACCUUCCUCCCGUCGUCUGCAUCGAAGCCGCAGGCCUUCCAAGAGACGUCGACCCGGAUUGGACCCCACAUGGCUCGUAUCCUCGCCGCCCGCGACCAUUCGACGGACCCGCUGCUCGUACAGCUCGCCUUGCAAGGGUGUCUUGUUCAAUGUGUCUCGCGUGCGCUCGCCUCGUUCUGCAUCGGCUUCCCGACAAAGUCGGACGCGGUCCUCGCCCAAAUAUAUGCGCAUAUGCAGCGCACGGAACCCCAACCAACGUCUGCCAAGUGGCGCGCAUUGGCACAUCAGCACAUCCACGGCAUCUACCCCACGUUGAAGGACUACAGCAUUAGCGAGCUGAGCGACACCAUACUCCGGUGGUGUGCAGACAUCUUCGAGGUAGCACAUGGGCACUCGUUCGGCCCGUCAUCGCCCCUGAAAAGCCCAUCAUCGUCGCCUCCAAUAUCCAUCUCUCCUCCAACGUCGACGCUGCCCCAAUCGCUUCCGCUCCAGCUCCGUGCACUUUAUUUGGACCAGAUACGGAGGAUAUCGAGGGCAGUCCUGCGCCUCGCAGCCGUAACGCGGGAAGAAAUUAUGUCGACCUCGUUCGAGUUGACCAUACCUGACCCCGCUGGGCCUUUCCAGCAUGGAGAGAUGAUCGACGCGUUCGGCGAGUACAGCGAAAGUGAAGGUCGGGUUCUUGCGACCACAGAGCUUGGGCUCCGUUGUGUUACAGCCACCGGUGGCGGGGAUUUCGAAUCGAGGACGUUGUUGCAACCUAAGGUGGUCCUGGAGUCGGUGUUGGGGGUGCUUGAUCGAUAA